CAUGAAAGUAAACUCACUUAUCUCGACAUGUUACGGAGGUCGCGCAAGUCGCUGUUGCAGCUCGCGUUCUUUUGUGUAGUUAUCUACAUUAUCGUAUCGCUUCUACGACCGCCAGCGCCCAAGCUAUACUUGUGGAACACAAUCCGCUACCAAACAACAGCAGCUAGCCUUCCCGAAGCUCGAGGCACAUGUCCCGGACUCGAUGAUAGCUCUAAGCCAGCUCUAGUAGUCUCAUACGUCGCUGCGGAUGGCGAUACUGUCUGGCUCGAACGUCUCUCCUCGAAGUACAACCUCUGCAUCUACAACGUCGACGCGCCUGCCGAUUCGUCUGCAAGGAACCUUCGCGUACCCGCCAAUCGUGGCCACGAGUCCAUAACCUACCUUACUUUCCUGAUCGAUAACUACGACUCGAUUCCACAAGCAGGCGCAGUGUUUGUGCACGGCAACAGGUUCCAAUGGCAUAACGACGAUACACUGUACGACAAUGCAGCCAGCUUGGCCGCUUUGAACGUCGCGUCCGCUCUAGAGCCCACUGGUUACCACAAUCUUCGCUGCGACUGGAGCGCUGGCACAUGUCCUAAGGAUUCUGGUCCUGCGCAAGGAAGUCUCGAGACAUAUAUCAACUCUAUUUUACAGCCUUGGAGUGCUAGGUCUGCAUCUGAUGCUGCUAUGCCUCAAGCAUUUGCCGUCCUGUUUGGCGGAGACGACUACCUGAAGAACAGAAAGAGCAAGGGAUUGAAACUGAGUAGAAGUGACCCUGUGCGCGCACAAUGCUGCGCCCAGUUUGUUGUCUCCAGGGAGGCUAUGCACCGCCAUACGCGCGAAGAGUAUCUCGCUAUACGCCAAUGGCUGCUCGAUAGCUAUGGCACAUCACGCAACUCCAAUGCUGCCCCUCGUGAUGACCGUAUUGCUGGGCGCAUUCUGUCAUAUCUUUGGCAUGUCUUGUUCAUCCCACAAGAAGAUGGGCCUGUAGAUCUGGCCAAGCUGAACGAGCAGGCAUGUCCGAGCGCUGCCGAUUGCUAUUGCCGUUUAUAUGGAAAAUGUGAUCUCAAGUGUAAUGUUAGGGGCUGCUACGGACAAUAUCGUAUACCGCCCUACAUGCGUCUUCCUGACGACUGGGCCGAACUUCAUGGAAACGACAUUUACGAGCCCGCUGGUGUGAAAGCCCUUCACGGGAGACUGUACCCAAAAGCCUUCGAGCCUUGAAAGAUGAUUGCAGACUAGCGGCACUGUUCAUAAUUCUGUAUAUCCAUAAUCUAACGAUCUCAUGC